GGGUUUUUCCAUAAUCCAAGAUGCUUCGGUCGGUCUUGGACGUGUUUUGGGACGAGGCCGUGUGGUUGCCGCCGAACACUACGUGGGCAGAUGUGAACCCUGGACCGGACAAGGAAGUUACCUACACUGACCACUGGGAUGCUUGGCUUUCAAUCCCGAUGGCCUUGCUGCUUAUGGCGCUGCGCUUCGUCUUACAUAAAUGCAUAUUCGUGCCACUCGGGAAGUCACUGGGCAUAAAGCACACUAGAAAGAAGGCAUAUCCCAACCACAAGCUGGAAGCCGCGUAUCAGGCCGGUGCCGGUCUCGAUUCCAGAAAGAUAGUCGCCCUAUCAAAGCAACUAGACUUGUCGCAGCGCCAGAUCGAGCGCUGGUGGCGCCACCGUCGCCUGCAGGACAAGCCGCCCACGCUCGUCAAGUUCUGUGAAAGUGCGUGGCGGACCGCCUUCCUGCUGUACAACCUGGUGCUGGGGCUGUUUGUGCUGUGGGGCAAGCCGUGGCUGUGGGAUGUAGACCACUGCUUCAUUGGGUACCCACAUCAAGGCAUAUCGAACGACAUGUGGUGGUACUAUAUGAGUGCGUUCGCCUUCAACUGGUCCCAGACGUUCUCGCUCCAGUUCGACGUGCGACGCAAGGACCACCGGCAGAUGGUGACGCACCACGCCACCUCACUGCUGCUGCUGUACCUGAGCUGGGUGUGCAACGCUCAUCGGACUGGUUCGCUGGUUCUACUUGUUGGGGAUAGCUCGGAAAUGUUACUAGAGGCCACAAAGACGAUCCGGUACGCCAAUUACGAGAAGACGAGCAUCUGCAUGUUCGUUGUUUUCACCUCGGUGUGGAUCCUGACUAGGAUUACCUUCUAUCCCUACAUUAUAUGGAGCAUACCAACCCGCGGGCAGCUAUACGUGCGCGGUUUCCCCAUGGCGUAUAUAUUGCUAUCCCUGCUCCUCCUGCUACUGGCCCUGAACCUGUACUGGACGUGGCUGAUUCUGCAGGUCGCUUACAGGGCAGCCAUGUUUGGAGAGACAAAGAAAGACAUCCGCAGUUCGAGUUCCGAGAUCAGCGACAAUUCUGUUUCCUCAGAAGAAAGCAGGAAAAAAUGAGGCAGUUAGAAGAGCAGAGCAUCCAAUACGUAUUAUCCAUACCCAAUGUGCAAUUUAAUACAAUACUUCUGUAAGUUUUACUUUUAACAUCUUAAAUAAAACAAUUAAGUAAAAGAGGUUACGUGAAAUUUGUAUAAAAGAAACAAGGAAAGUACAAUUAAAUUUAGUAAUUAUUAUUAC